AUAAUUAUAGCAAAUAAGUAAUCAUGUACAUUUUAUUUAUUUGAUGCUUUUAAAUGAUGUAUGGUUUGAUUUGUCCACUUUAAUCACACCCCUCUCGCUCCAAGAACGUGAUUAGUGCAUGCAGAAAGUUUCCCGUGAGCUACAACGAGGAAGUUCCUGCUUGUCAAACGGAAAGUGUUUUUUUUUUUUUUUUUUUUUGUCAAACGAAACUGUGUGAAUUGUACAUUCAGUUCGAGAAAUCUCGGUAUUUUGACGUGGAUCAGAAGUUCCUGGACCUGCCUGUUCAUCUGAUGUUUUCUAUUAAUUGGUUAAACCGCCAUGACAGCGAGUACAGAAAACCAUCUUUGGACCACUGAAGAUAUUCUCGGUCAGGGGGCGACCGCGAAUGUCUACAAAGCCCGAAAUAAAAAAACAAGCGAAGUGGUUGCGGUGAAGGUGUUCAACAUUGCCAGCUACAGCAGACCAUAUGAAGUGCAAAUAAGAGAGUUUGAGAUGCUACGGAGGCUGAAUCACGUCAACAUCGUCAAACUCUUCACCAUAGAGGAGAUUCAGGGGAACCCAAAACAGAAGGUUUUGGUUAUGGAGUAUUGUUCAGGAGGAAGUCUUCUGAAUCUGCUGGAAGAGCCUGAAAAUGCAUUUGGCCUGCCUGAAUCUGAAUUCCUUAUAGUGCUGCAAUGUGUGGUUCACGGGAUGAACCAUUUGCGUGAGAAUUGUGUGGUGCAUCGAGACAUCAAGCCCGGCAACAUUAUGAGGCAGGUGGGGGAGGACGGAUGCUCAGUCUAUAAACUCACAGACUUUGGUGCAGCUCGGGAACUGGAUGAUGACGAGAAGUUUAUGUCCAUCUAUGGCACGGAGGAGUACCUGCAUCCGGAUAUGUACGAGCGUGCAGUUUUAAGGAAGCCCCAGCAGAAGUCUUAUGGCGUGACGGUGGAUUUGUGGAGCAUUGGUGUUACUUUUUACCACGCUGCAAGUGGCAGUCUGCCUUUCAUUCCAUACGGAGGACCACGCAAGAACAAACCGAUAAUGUAUAAGAUCACCACUGAAAAGCCAGAGGGAGCUAUUUCAGGGGUUCAGAAGGUAGAAAAGGGACCCAUAGAGUGGAGCUAUCAUCUGCCCCACUGCUGCCAGCUUUCAGAAGGGCUGAAAAUGCACCUGGUCCCAGUGCUGGCCAAUAUCCUAGAGGCCAAUCAGGAGAAAUGCUGGGGGUUUGACCAGUUCUUUGCUGCUACCAUAGACAUCCUCCAACGUUUAAAAGUGCACGUCUUCUCACUUCAGCAAGCUACUGCCCACACAAUCUAUAUCCACAUUUAUAGCACCAUCGCAGUCUUCUUUGAAGAAGUCCAGGCUCACACGGGUAUAGAAGCAGAGAAGCAGCAUUAUCUGUUCCAAGGACACCCACUUAUCCUGGAGCCCAGCAUGAAAUUGAUCAAUCUGCCGCCCACCUCUGCAGAGCGACCCAUCUUUCUGCUCAGUAGACGAGCCGAGAAAAUCGCAGUGCUGCCCCCCAAAGAGCCCGAGAUCCCGGUUUUACCUUCCAGGUUUGACGUCAUGGCCGACCACACUUUCUCAAAGACCUUAGUCGGGGUGAUCCACCAAUUCCUCCAGACAAUGCGGCUCCUACACAAACACAGAGACCUGAUUUUACAGGGAUUUUAUAGUUAUAUUGAAAGUGUUCGCAUCGAAUGCGGUAACACGGCACACAAAAUCGGAAUGGUGAAUAUGAAGCUGCUGUCCUGCGUGAGCACAGAAGAAACACUGGACGCAAUAAGCCAGGUUCCACUUAAUAUAUCGAUUUCCUCUGACAACAUGCAGAAACUUAGAUUGAUCCAUGAGAAACUACCUGUGUAUGGCAGCAGUAUCAGAGAAUUCCAGAACAAGCUGCAGCAUCUGCAUGUUGAAGUAGCUGAGCACUUCAAGACACUGACUGAGGACAAAUGCAUACAGAAGAUGCAGGUGCUUCUUGAGAAGAUUGUUGCUGUACAUCGGCUGUACCGCAAAGACAGACAAAUUGGAAAGCUCAACUACAAUGAUGAGCAGAUUCACAAGUUUGAAAAGAUUAACCUGUCCACCUACAUUAAGAAAGUGAAAGCUCUGUUUCGGGAUGACUGCUUGCAAAGGUACCAGGAGGUUUUGGCUGCAGAGGUCACAUGGAGCAGUGCAUUGUCUGACAUUCAGUCACGGUUAGAACACUUCAGCGGUUUCUUCUUACAGCUAAUUGGGGAACUGCAGAUGUGUGAAGGACAGCAGACAAAGGUUUUGGACAGAGCCUUAGUUAUAGCACUUCAGAGACCAGAUGGAGCAGAAGGCAAUGAGGGAAUGAAAAAUCGAGACAAUAUGAUUCUCAGGAUGAAGAGACUGAGGGAUGAGAUGGAAGCGGUGGCUCGAGAGCUGCAAACUAACAACCAGAUAAUCGAAAGUCUCAGAGCUUUCAAUUCUACUUUGGUGCUCAAACCGAGUUUACCACAGCCGGGAUCAACAGGAUCAUGAGGAUCCUAAAGAGCUCCAAAGUAAACAGCCCACAGUCAGAGCCAGGUAUGGCCUAGAAAAUAGGGAUGAGCUCGGGAGUGAAGAAACAGGUGGCAGAAAUACUUUGCGAAACUGAUUUAUGGGCUUCCGGCUCUCCGUUGCUGUUUGUGUGAAGAUCAAGGUUUUGAUGCUGAUUAGAAAACAAUGAACAGUUCACACACCUUAUAAACCUGUGUAUAUGUGGAAAUAUUAUUUGCUUAUUUCAUGGACUACAAAAAAAUGGUACUGUUGACUUUCAUUCAUGCAAAUGUCUGUCAAGAAUGACAAGGGUCUGUGCGUUCCCUCUUUACUCCAUCAUUGUUUGCUCUUGUCAGUUGAGUUUUUUUUUUUCUCUUGUGCUGACUCGCUAAGCUGAAUAACCAAUUGGAAUUCUCUUUCUCGCUGAUGAGUUCCCCCUCCAGUUUAACAUGUCGAAUUUGCCGAAAAAUAUCUGACGCCGACCAGAGCCAACGGUGGUGAACACACAGAAAAAAUAAAGCCAACCGACACUCCACCACCACCCGACAUUGCCUGAUGACCAACCGUCGGCCAGUUUUAAUGCUACUUUUGUUGGAGAGAGAAUCCAAAUAACAUUUGGGACUUUUUGGAACUGUUGUAAACCUGCGAUCAAGUGCACUGAUUAGAGAAGCGUGUUGUUUUAAUAAGCAAUUUUCUGUAUCACUUCUUAAUUAUCUGUUUGAUUUUAUGGGAUGAAGGGAGAAAAAGAAAAUCGGCCAAACAUAUCGGCCAAAAAUAUCGCCAUCAUAUAUCGGCCAUCAUCUGCCCUGAUUUCUAAAUAUUGGCAUCGGCCAGAAAAAAACCCGCAUUGGUCGACCUUUAGUCAAAACAUACACUUGAUGAGCAAACUGACAAAUCAUGUUUGAUAGCCUUUAACUAAAAUUCUGGCACUGCUUUGUUUGUAAUGGUUCAUGCAACAAUUUAAUUUGCAUUAUUUCAUUUGUGAAUGAAUCUGGGUGCUUGGCCCCUUAAAAUGCUGCUUGUACUGUAGUUUUAAUUAUUAUUAGUAGUAGUAGUAGUAGUAGUAUGUUUUACUUGAUUACUUGAAAGUACAUUAUGUUACAAAACUAAACCACUUAUAUAAUUACUGUUUAACAUAUCCUUUAACAUAAUAAUUAUUACAAAUAUCUUAUUUUUAUAUUGUUAUUAGUGAUAUGUUCUUAAGUCACACUUGAAGUUUGCUUAUUUGGGAGUACUUUUUGAUUGUUAUAUACGUACUGGGUACUAUUGUACACUAUAUGGACAAAUGUUUGGAGUCACCUGACCAUAGGAUUCGUAUGUGAUUCGUAUGUGUCCACUUAAGAUCUCUAAUCUGACCCAUGUGACCCAUACCUUCAUUUAGCUCACUUUGUGCACAGGGGGAUUGUCAUGGUGGAACAGGUUUGGAUCUCAUAGAUGCUACCGCAUCUAAAGACAUCCAAUACCGCAGUGUGCCUCUACAUUUGUGUUAACAGUUUGGGGAAGAACCACAUAUGGCUGGAAAAGUCAGGUGUCCUGAUACUUUUGUCCAUAUAUGAGUGGACACAUGUCAGCUCUUAGAUGCUUGGAUUAAAUGUCGUUGUCUUGUAAUUAUUUUUUUUUAAACCUAUAAAGUGUCCAGCAAAUGAAUAAAUGUGAAUGUUAUA